AUCUGCAAGGUGUGUGUUGGCAAAAUAUCUUGCGGAUCUUUUGCAACCUGCAUUUGAAAAAAAAUAACAUGUUUCGAUGAUGUAAACAUGCUUGUGAAUCUAAGUUUGGGACCAGUGUUGGUAACCAAUAUAAUUCUUCAGACAUACCUUACUGAAAGUGAAUGUAAAGGAACAAUUUGGGAAAUGUAAUGAGCUCUAGCUUAGCAGCAUAUUCUGUGUCAGAAGGAAUCAAAUAAAGUAAACAAAUCGAUAGCUGUAUUUUUCUAUAUUGAGCCAUUCAUGUUAAAAAGCAUCAAAGUAGGCUUUGUGAAAAAGAUCUUGCCCUUGAUGAUGAAUAUGUCUGACAGUGGAAGUAAUGAAACCUUGUCUACAAGGCCGGGACAACACAACCACAUAGACAUGUCUCUGGACAUCGUGAAGAUGCAGCCUGCUACAAAGCAUGUGGUGCAGCAAACCUCGGAGGAGAAGCAGGGAAUCCUGAACGCACGAGCUUUCCUUUUCCUCGUCCUCUGGUACAUCUUCAGUGCAUGCACUCUAUUCCUGAACAAGUACAUCCUUGCCACACUUCGUGGAGAUCCAGCACUCCUAGGAGCCAUGCAAAUGGUGAUGACCACAGUUUGUGGGUUUUUACAAAUGUACCUACCGCUCGGAUUCUACAAACCUGUAGAGAGAGAUGGAAAGCCUCCAAACUUUUGGAGAAAUAUGAUAUUAGUUGGAACGAUGAGAUUUUCCACUGUAGUUCUUGGACUAGUGGCCCUAAAGUUUGUCGCUGUCUCAUUUACGGAGACAGUGAAGAGUUCGGCUCCAUUAUUCACCGUGGCUAUAUCAUGGAUGUUGAUUGGAGAGUAUACGGGGGUGUACACAUUCCUUUCCCUCAUCCCUAUCAUGGCCGGACUGGCCCUGUGUUCAGCCUACGAACUCAGUUUUAAUAUUCAGGGUUUUAUAGCUGCAUUGGCAACAAAUCUAACAGAGUGUAUUCAAAAUGUUUAUUCCAAAUUACUGAUUAGUGGGGAGAAAUACAAAUACACUCCAGCAGAGUUGCAGUUCUACACCAGUAUUUCAUCAAUAAUUGUACAAAUUCCAGCCUGUUUCUUUCUCAUAGAUCUGCCAAAUGCACAGAAAUCAUUAGACUUUACCAUGUUAAUUGUGCUCAUAAUAAAUGGCACAUUUUUUCAUUUCCAAAGUAUAUCAGCGUAUGUGUUAAUGGGAUAUAUAUCACCUGUUACACAUAGUGUGGCGAAUACAGUAAAGAGAGCAUUCCUGAUAUGGAUAUCUGUGAUAUUGUUCAGCAAUCCUGUGACAUUCUUCAGCGGACUAGGUACAUGUGUUGUUACCAUUGGAGUGCUGCUGUAUACAAAGGCCAAAGAGUAUGACCAGAAUUUACAAAAUCUAAAGCAGCUUUACCGACCCAGCCCCUCGCUGAUGGGGGAUGCCAAGGAAAUCUGAGCAACUUUGAUAUGUUAUUUUGUUUUUUCCAUGAUGAUUGUUAAUUAUAGUACAAUGACAUUAAGUAACAUGGACAUAUGUUGGUACUGUUAGAUUUUUAUUUGUCGGCACAGUUAUGUUUCUGUGUACAGUAAACUUCAGCCUUGUUAGCCUGGACACUUUUGUUUUCUGUAUACAGUAAAACUUUUAAGUCUUUAAAAUUUG